AGCAAUGAGCCUAGUACGCUGCCUUGCGGUACUUCAUGAUCAACAGAAACAUUACUUGAUAUUUUACAUUCAAUUUUUACCACUUGAAACUGCUCAGAUAAAUAAUCACCUACCCUUAAUUCCAAACAUUUCACAUUUUCUCAAGAACAAUUUCCUGUCAAUAGUUUCAACCGCUCUUUGUAGGUCAACAGAGACACACACAAUCACUUUACCAUCAUCUACAUAUUUUUUCUACUUUGUACACACAAGUUGGCAUGUAGUUUUACAAGAAUGAUCCCUUCUGAACCCGGAUUGCCUCUCAAAAAACCACCGUUUACACGUAGAUGCUCACACAGCUGUCCAUGCACUGUUGUUUCUAUAAUUUUCUCGACGACUGGCAUAAGAUUGAUGGGU